UUCUGUCUGGGCCUACCUUAAUAGUUCAUCCAUUCUCUCGCCCUCUCUUCAAAAAAACCUUGACAAGGUCCACCUCCAUUUUUCGCCCGCUCUGUUUGUUUCCCUGCUCUAAAGUUCGUCUGUCUGUCCCUCUGUGCUGUUCCUGAUCAUCGCUCGGCUCGAAGGCUGCGGCAGCCGCUGCUACUGCUGCUUGCUGCUCUGUAGCUCCCACCUUCGCCUCGUCCCCGUCUAUUCUAACUUCAGCCUUGGCAGCCAGCCUCUGUGUUAUUGCCCAGGUGUAAUGAAAAAGGGCGAUAAAUUUUCAUUUGAAGCUUCUACAAUUCCGUCGGGGAGAAAUACUCGCUAUUGUUGGAAUAGUGGACGGGGAGGUGUGCGUGCUACUGCUUUUGCUCAAAGCACGCAAGCCUCCUCAUAGGACUUAUUCGCUAGCGUGACCCCUGGCUCAAUCUCUGGCACCCCUCUCUGGUGUGCACCUUCGCCCUCCUGUCUCUGACGCUGAUCAUGCCACCAUGACAGUGCCGCCGGUCCCGGCCGGUGAGCCUGCUUCAGCUGUGGCCAGGGUGCGCCUCUCCGAUAUUACUCCCUAUGAUGGGGCGCCUGGCGGGGCUUACCUGAGGGCAGUUGAGGUAUUGUCAGGGUCGCUGAUAAGGUAUAACACGGCGGUGAUCGAGCUGGGGAUGGAUGACGCCGUGCUGAUGCGCUGUGGCCUGGAAGCAGCGCGACUCUACUUGAGAACUAGGGCGCAGUCUCACACUCAGACAGCCGGAAAAGGAAAUUCCCGAGGAGUUUACACUUACAGAGCUGGAAGGGCUAUAGAGGAUUGGGACUCAUCUCCCCCAUGCAUGGCUGAAAUUUUUAGAUGCAUGGGAAAAGUUGCUCGUGCCGCUCUCUCUGCAAUAGCUAGAUAUCUCCGCUUGCGAAGCGAUGUAUUUACCCAUUUACUUGAUGAUACGCCUUUGCCUGCUAAUGAGGUGUCUUCAUCAGUGCUUGUUGCAUAUCAUUCUCCUAUGUCCUGGCAAAAUGGAAAAGGUGCAAUUGGGGGAGGGAAGGCAGCAAUCAAUGGUGAAGUAGAAAAGGGACUCCUGACAUUGAUUUCUUCGGAUAGUCCUGGUUUAGAGGUCUGUGACCCCAAUGGCCGCUGGUACUUAGCAGAUAGUGCAUCAUCUCCUGGAGAUCUGUUACUGAUUACAGGCAAGGCGCUUAGUCAUGCUACAGCUGGUCUUCAGCCCGCUGCUUUAUAUCGAGCUUCUCCAGAUUAUUGCCCAGGAUCUACUGUUGGUGGGAGGACAUCUUUGGCAUUUAGGCUUAUGCCACAGGGUAAUGCUGUAUUAGAUUGUACUCCAGUUGCAUCUGCUGGUCAUGUCAUUCCUCAGAACUAUGUACCAGUAUCCUUCAGCCAGUUUAUGGAUGACCUUUCUGCAGAGGAAGAUGCGUUAUGCCACGGAUCUGACAAUGCCUGUGUAGCUGGGAACAACUCAAGCAAGGAACAGACAUUAAGAAGCGUCCUCUCUGAUCCUUUAUCUGGCGUAUUUCUUGAAGAUGCCAUGGUUGUCUCAUGUGGCCAUUCAUUUGGUGGUCUGAUGCUGGAAAGAGUAAUUGAAAUGGCAAGAUGUACCCUAUGCAGCGCAGAAAUUGAGACUGGUUCUUUGAUCCCCAAUCUUGCUCUUAGAGCUGCAGCUGCUGCUGUUAAGCACGAGGAUGAUAGGCGGCUAUUUCAUAAUGCAGCUAUCCGGAAGCGACGAAAAGAAAUGGUUGAUCAAACCAAUCCAAUCAGAAGAUCUAACAAGGAAAGUGGAGAUGGCGGUUUUGAGAAUGGGCUGCAGAGAGGGGUGCAGUAUCCAUUUUCUGUAAAUGAAAAGGUGUUGAUAAAGGGAAAUAAGAGGACCCCUGAAAAAUUUGUUGGCAGGGAAGCGAUCAUUACAUCUCAAUGCCUCAAUGGCUGGUACUUGCUGAAAAUCGUAGGAAGUGGGGAGAAUGUUCGGCUGCAAUAUCGCUCUCUGAGGAAAAUUCUGAGCUCAGAGGCCAUUGAGGAGGAUAGAUGCAACUCUCACCAAUUGCAGAACGGGAACUCUUAAGAGUAGGGUUUUUUUUUCCCCCCGUUUUUUGGGCAUUCAAGUUUGAUCCAGGUAGCUUAGUUGACAUAUUAUAUAUUUGUAUGCACACGUCAGUUUCAGUAGGCUGUGGGGGUGAUGACCCAUUUGUAGCUUCUUCUGUUAGAAGGAGGAAUGUCAGCCUGGGGGUUUCUUGUAUUUCAUAAUGUAAAAUUGGGAUCUAGGAGGAUGAGAAUCAUUUGGACGCGAGUCGAACCAUAUAGAGAUUGGCUUCGAUAGAUGAUUGUAUAGAAGAUGAGAGAAGUUUUUAUAGGGGAGACUUUACUCGUUUCGAAGACUAUCCGUGUUUCUGUUGUUAUGUGGAAGAUGAAAGUGGGUGGUGGGUGAUGGUGGAUCGGAGGGCUUGAAGUUGGGAAGGGAAGGGAAGCAUGUGGCCUUGUUUUGAAGAUUGGUUAAUUCAUCCUUUCAAAUUUGAUUUGCCAUCUCUCUCUUCUCUUGCUUCUUUGUUUUUCAUUUUCACUCAGACAAAUAAUGAAAACUAGGCCCGUGGCGUCUUGUAACCGGAAAAUAAUGUAAUGUUAGUCGUAGAGCCCCGUGCAUCGCAUGGGAUCAAACGUGUUCGAUUUUGAUGCU